AUGAACGUAAACAAAGAUUUGCAAAAUGAAAGAAACAAAUGCAGUUUUAAUGUACGAGAAUUAACUGAAUUCAUAGACGGUGGCAAGAACAGAACAUUAGAAAGGAAACAUAUUGAGAAGUUAAUUCUUGCUCAAAAGGAUGAAUUGUUUGGCGGAACACCAGAAGACUAUCUUAGCCAUAAAGAAAAAUACGAAAGGGCCAUCCAAACGAAUGUUAUUAUUUUGAAAAUUGUUCAAGAUUUUAUGAGAGAUGCAAAUGGUGGUGACCUCACAAAUUACAGGGAUGUACUCACAACGUUGCUCAAUUUCGUGGUCUCCCGCGAAGGAACUCCCUUUGCGCUGCACUUCAUGAUGUUUUUACCGGUGUUCUUAAGUCAGGCUGACGAAGAACAGCAGAUGGAAUGGCUUCCUCGAGCUUGGAAUUGCAAUAUAAUCGGUAGUUAUGCUCAGACAGAGCUUGGGCACGGGACGUUUAUCCGGGGUCUAGAGACGACCGCCACGUAUGACGCUGCCACCAAAGAGUUCGUGUUGCACAGCCCAACAGUAACAUCAUACAAGUGGUGGCCCGGGGCAUUGGGUCACACGGCUAAUUACUGCGUGGUUGUGGCGCAGUUGCAUACCAAGGGCCAAUGUCAUGGUAUUCAUUCGUUCAUAGUGCAAGUUAGAGACGAAGAGACCCACAUGCCCUUAGCGGGGAUCAGAGUAGGGGAAAUCGGGGCUAAGAUGGGCCUGAACAUGAUCAACAACGGGUUCAUAGGUUUCAAUCACGUGAGAAUACCGAGGAGGCAUUUGCUGAUGAAGCACGCGCAAGUGUUAGAGGACGGCACGUACGUGAAGUCUCGUAACAGCAAACUGAACUACGGCGCGAUGGUGUUCGUGCGCGUUGUCAUAGUGUUCGACAGUGUCAACUACCUGUCGAAGGCCGUCACCAUCGCCACCAGGUUCGCUGCCGUUCGAAGGCAGUCACAACUUAAAGCGAAUGAACCAGAGUGUCAGAUAAUAGAUUUUUUGACGCAACAACACAAGCUGUUCAUAGGCAUAGCGACAUGUCAUGCCCUUAAGAUGACCGCCACCAAACUGUGGGAUACGUUCAAUGAAGUUCAACAGCAGUUGCGGGGCGGGAACCUGGAGAGACUACCCGAACUGCACGCGCUGGCUUGCUGCCUGAAGGCGGUGAGCACGGCGGACACGGCGGCGCUGGCUGAGGGCGGGCGGCGCGCGUGCGGCGGCCACGGCUACAUGCGCUCGUCCGGCCUCCCGCAGACGUGCGCCGUGCUGGACGCCGCCUGCACCUUCGAGGGGGACAACACAGUCCUGCUGCUGCAGACCGCGAGAUUUUUAGUGAAAGUAUGGCGAGGCUUGGACACAUUGAAGUUGACGCCCACAGUUGCUUAUUUAAGGACGACACUUACCGAAGGAUUCAACGAUAAAUGGGAAAACACAGUUGAAGGCAUCAUAAAGGGGUUCCAGACCGUCUCCAUGAGAAAGAUCAGCGAGUGCGUUUCUUGCAUGGCUAAAAGGAUUAUGUCCGGAAUGUCGCAGGAGGAAGCCUGGAACAUGACCUCUGUGCAGCUUGUAGCCGCCGCGGAGUCUCACUGCAGAGUGAUUAUUAUAUCGUAUUUCCACGAAGAGUUUGUGAAGGUCUCAUCAAGCUUUUCACCAGCGUUACGUCGAGUCAUGAAACUGCUGGUCGAAUUAUAUACACUGUAUUGGGCUUUAGAUAAACUACAAGAUCUGUUGAAGUACACUUCGAUAUCGAAGACCAACACAGAACAACUUCAAGAGAGGUAUGAAGACACAUUGAAUGCGCUCAGGCCGGACGCGGUCGGACUCGUCGACGCUUUCGACAUCAUGGACGAGAUAUUACAAUCGACUCUGGGCGCGUACGACGGGCGCGUGUACGAGCGCCUGAUGGAGGAGGCGCUGAAGAGUCCUCUCAACGCGGAGCCCGUUAACAGAUCCUUCCACCAGUACCUCAAACCUCUCAUGCAGGGGAAACUUUGAGUUCCGAUUUAAGUACACACAUAAUAUUCAAAUGCAAAUUAAAAGUACUUAAAUGACAAUAAACGAUUUUUUUAUGCCAUUAAAUAAUAAUUAAUUGAAGAGAUGAUAUUGUGUAAGAAAAGCGUACCUACGUUAUUAAUUGUUUGUUAAAUUGUGAUCUUUAGUGAAUUUAUUGUUAUGGAUAUUUAUUUUAUAAAUCAGGGUAUAUUGUCUAUGGUUUACGUACAAAUGUUUUUGUACUCUUGGUUGGUUGUUUUGAAUAAAAAGUUAAUAUAACAGA